CAGCCUACAUAUAAACCCUUCGCGCAUCGCUGCUGUGCCACGACGAAUUUCACUGAAUGUUCACAAACAACCAGCCAGCUGUUCAAAACUGCUGUAUUCUGGAGCAGUUUCAAAUAUUUGCCAGACAGCACGUUGGCAUCCUUGAGCCUUGGAAUACGUCGUUGCCAAAGAAGCUUAAAUCAUGGCAGAUUGGCACUCGUCUGCUCGGUUGAUGAAAGUGCUUGUAUUCUGCUAAACGACGUACAAAGACAUCACAGCGGGAUGCCGGGCUUUUUUAUGGACACUAAAACUCCUGCAGAAAGUUUUGCCUCUUUUUCUGGCGACGAGUCCCAGAGCUCUCCAGAUUCCUGGGGCAAAGAUGCUUUUGGCCCCGUCAGAGUUGGAAAGCGGAGGGAGAAGAACCGCAACGCAGCGAGGAAGAGCAGAAAAAAACAGACGGAAAGAGCUGAUGUUCUGCACGAGGAGCUGCAGUAUCUGGAGCGCUCCAAUGUUGCCUUCGAAAAGGAGAUCGCUGACCUCAAAGCUGAGCUGGAGCGCUACACUAAAACUCUUCAGCAACAUGAACCUCACUGCUUACUGCACAGCAAGUCGAGGCCACCAUGUCACGUCCCUCCACCGGCACAGGCCAUGUCUUUUACCUCCACCACCAGUACCUCCACUCUGCCUUUCAACAUAGGCCCCACCACAGCUGUUGCUAGGGGGGCGUCCUCGGCAACGAGUCAUGGAGACGCUUCCCAUCAUGACCUCUCCCUUACAGAACUCUUGGUCAGCUCUGAUUUGCCCCAGCUCUGCACUUCGGACCUGUGGAGUUUAGGCCUCAAUCCAAGUUUUUAAAACACAGCACAAAUGGCAACUACUAACCCAACCGUUUCAAAACAGACAAUGGUUAUUAGCAGACUUGAAUGGUUGCGGAAUAUUAUUGUAAAUGCAGAGCAUUUUUAGGGUAUUUUUUUUCUGCUGAAAAUAAAUGAAGUCUUUAUUUUUAUGUGUAAUGUACAAAGUAUAUUCCAUUUGUUGGCAGAUACCAAACAUAUUCUAUACUCUUUUCUGUGUUUGAAAGGAACUUUGUAAAGUGUACAUUUGUUAAAUUAAAGGAUAUUUAUUGUUCAUUGUUUAUUAACAAUGGUUCAUCAA